AUGAAACUACGUAACAUAGCAGAGACUUUCCUGUCUCCUCAGCCAGAUCAAGAGGAGUCCGGGGUCCUCUGUACUUACUGUGUGGACUCUCCUGUACCUGCUGUUAGAUCCUGUCUACACUGUGAGGUUUCUCUGUGUGAUAAACACCUGAGAGUCCACAAAAAGUCCCCAGAACACAUCUUAUGUGACCCCACCUUGUCCAUGGAGAGCAGGAAAUGCUCCAUCCAUAAGGAAGUUUUGAACUUGUGUGAUACUGAGGAUGGAGAUAAUGAGGACAGAGAGAGACAUGAGGAGCUCCUCCAUGAUGGAGGGGGUCUGGGUGUGGCGGGGGUCUUACACACAGGUUUAUCUGAUAUAAUAACAGAGGUAAAUAUAUACUUCUAUAUACAGGGAGCUGCAGACAUAUUACUGGAUGGAAACACAGCUUAUUAUUAUCUACAGAUAUCAGAUGACAGGAAAACUGUAUCCAAGUCACAUAGAAAGCAGAAUCACCCAGAAACACCAGAGAGAUUUCAGGGUUAUUAUCAGGUGAUGAGCAGUCAGAGUUUCUCCUCAGGGAGACAUUACUGGGAAGUGGAUGUCGGGGGAUCAGAGAGCUGGACAGUCGGGAUGUGUUACCCCAGUAUAGAGAGGAGAGGAUGGGAGUCAUUGAUUGGAGAUAAUAAGAAGUCCUGGGGAUUGUACAGGAAUGUUAAUGAUGAUGAUUAUGAUGGAGGGAAUGAUGAUAAUGAUGAUGAUGAUGAUGAUGAUCAGUAUUAUGUGAUACAUGACGGUAAUAAGAUCCCCUUAUCCACCAAUCCCUCCAGUAACAGAGUCAGGAUAGAUCUGGAUUAUGAGGCCGGGCGGAUCUCCUUUUAUGAUCUGUGUGACCCGAUCCGACACCUCCACACCUUCACCACCACCUUCACUGAGCCCCUCCAUGCUGGGAUAGGUGUAUGGGAUGGUUGUAUAAAGAUAUGUGGGGGGAGGGGGGAGAUGUGAGAACUCCGCCCACAGUCUGGUGAUGUCAGAUGAAAGGGUGGAAUAAAUGUAAUAUUCAUCCAAUAGUAUAUAGCAGUGGGCGUGGCUUCCUUUCAAGUUUUUCUACUAUAAAUAAAUGUGCGAUUUCUUACUGAUCGCUGUGAUUGGGUAGAAUAUCUGUCCAAUUACUGGAGUAACAGUAAUCCUCGGGUCACACCUAUGCAAUUUUUUUGUGAUUUUUUUUACAGAAUCGCACUACAGUCCAUGUAAUAUGGUUUCCUAUGGGACGCGGUCACAUCGAGGCUUUUCUCAGCCGCUGCGUUUUUUUGGAAAGGGUCAGGGAAUUUUUAUAAUGCGUUUUUUGGUUUAAUAGACUUCAAUGGAGGAGCUGCAGAAAAGCGUGCGAUGCGUUUUUGCCACGAUUUUACGGCUUUUUUUAAUCUGCCCGACAACAAAUUCUCUAAAAGAAAGAAGAAGCAUAAAAACGCAUCAAAGAUGAAUGUGGAAAAACAGAAAACGCACCGCAAAAAACCCUGCAGGGAUGAUUAAAAAGCAAACUGCAUAGGUGGGAACCGGAUCUACCGUAUUUAUCUGCGUAUAACGCGCACUUUUUUCCUCUGAAA